CAGAUCCUGGAAAGACCUCAGACAUCUCAGUCCAGAAAAGAACAGGAACAGCUGAGAUACUGCAGGACCAUCAAGCUCCCAGACCUCUGGUAGAGGACCCGAGCUAAGAGGAGAAAACACCUCCAGAGGGGAGAGGGGUGUUUUAUAUAUAUAUAUAUAUAUAUUAUAUAUAUAUAUAUAUAUCUGAUCUGCAAUACUCAUUUAUAAUUUAUAUUAAUGAUUUUUCUUAUGAAGAAUUAUCUGCAUAUAUUUUCUUGAUGUGUUUUUUUAAUUCUUUCUCUAUUUUUUUCUUUUUUGUUCUUUGACAUUUUUUUCAUUCUGAUGCAUAUGCUAUGAUAAAUACAGAAAUAGUGGUACAUACUUACAUAGUCAUGUGAUCUAUUGCUACUUAAUGAUUUUAAUGUCCUGUAGCUGUGUUGAUUCAGUCUAAAUAUCUGAUAAAAAGUUUUGAACUGGAUAAUGAUAGUUUAUGUAAAGGAAAUGGUCAGGUUGAACCGGGAGGGAUUAUAUAAAUUCACUUCCCCCCACUCUCUUUUAAGCAAUCUAUCAUUUGAUGCCUUGCUAUCCCGUGUCUGGCGUAUCUUCGUACGGAUGUAAACCUUUGUUGAUUAUAUUUCACAUGAUUAGAGUUGUUCUUGAUUGCUUGAAAACAAAACAUUUCAAAUCGAAACAUCAAAUCAAUGUACAUGUAACAUGCGCGUGUACAUGGAAGUGUGUAACGUGGAUGUAACAUUUGCAUUGAAUGUGAGCAUGUAACGUGUGCACAUGUGCAGAGCUCAGGCUGCAGCGGACCUUCAUUCAGAUGUCUGAUGACUACAAAGAUACAUCAGUGUGUCCUCCUCCUCACGGUCCAUGAACGCAUCCCGGCUCUGAAACACAUUGGUGGGCGGGGCGUGGUUAAUAAUCGACAGGUCUCAGCACCAAUCAAAGUUUCCAACUGUCCAACCAGGGCCGAGAGGGCGGAGUCUGGGGCCGACACCGGAGAGAGGGAGGAUCCCCGAAAUGACAUCCAGACUGCAGUGUAGCUGCGAAGGAGGACCGGGAGACAAAAAGAAGUGAGAGCCGGAGCCCCCCGAGCCCCCCGAGCCCGCAGGAGCCCGCAGGAGCCCGCCACGGCCAGAUCCCCGCUCCAAUCCGGACCUCCCCGUCCUCCUCGCUGCGCGUCCAUGGAGACGCGUCGGGAUCUGUAGGAAGAUCUGCAGGCUGUGGAGCGGCGCACGCUCCGCUCUUCCACCGGCGCGCAGCCGCGGAGCUGAAGGCGGAACGUCCGCGGCUCCUUCCCCGCUUCAGGCUCACUCACAGGGGGAUGUGCGACCUGAUGCCGGCCUCUCAGCCCGCCCAGAAGAUCGGAAAAAUGAAAAAGUUGAGGAGAACUUUGUCUGAGAGUUUCCGGAGCAUCGCUUUCAAGAAAGAGGAGAGCGGUUUUGAUGAGAUAUGUGUCACAAAGAUGUCCACACGCGGCUGCCAGGGAACGGACUCAGUCAUCAAGCCCCUGGACACCAUCCCUGAGGACAAGAAGGUGAGAGUUCAGCGCACGCAGAGCGGCUUUGACCCAUUCGAGAAGCCCGCCAGCCAAGUGAAACGGGUCCACUCUGAGAACAACGCCUGCAUCACCUCCAAGAGUUCAGCCAGCAGCAAAGAGUCUCCUAAACUGCGUCGCCACUCAAGCCCCAGCUCGCCUACAAGCCCAAAAUUUGGAAAAGCGGAUUCCUAUGAAAAGCUGGAGAAACUGGGAGAAGGGUCCUACGCCACAGUUUACAAAGGAAAGAGCAAGGUGAAUGGAAAGCUCGUGGCUCUGAAGGUGAUCCGUUUGCAGGAGGAGGAAGGAACGCCCUUCACAGCCAUACGGGAAGCAUCUCUGCUGAAAGGCCUGAAGCAUGCCAACAUCGUGCUCCUCCAUGACAUCAUCCACACCAAGGAAACCCUGACGCUGGUCUUCGAGUAUGUGCACACAGACUUGUGUCAGUACAUGGACAAACACCCGGGGGGGCUUCAUCCAGACAACGUCAAGCUCUUCCUGUUCCAGCUGCUGAGAGGCUUGUCCUACAUCCAUCAGCGAUACAUCCUCCACCGGGACCUGAAACCACAAAACCUGCUCAUCAGUGACACUGGAGAGCUCAAGCUGGCAGACUUUGGUCUGGCCAGAGCCAAGUCAGUCCCCAGCCAUACUUACUCCAACGAGGUGGUGACCCUAUGGUAUCGGCCUCCAGAUGUCCUGCUGGGCUCCACAGACUAUUCCACCUGCCUUGACAUGUGGGGGGUGGGCUGCAUUUUCAUCGAGAUGAUCCAAGGCGUGGCUGCCUUUCCUGGGAUGAAGGACAUUCAGGACCAGCUGGAGCGGAUAUUCCUGGUCCUUGGAACGCCGUCUGAAGACACGUGGCCCGGCGUCAAUUCCUUGCCUCACUAUAAACCAGAACGCUUCACCGUGUACAGCGCCAAGAAGCUCAGACAAGCGUGGAACAAGUUGGGCUUUGUAGACCAUGCUGAGGAGUUGGCUUCCAGGUUUCUCCAGUGCUUCCCAAAGAACCGACUGUCAGCCCAGGCGGCGUUAAGUCAUGAAUACUUCAGCAACCUCCCCCCCCGGCUCUGGGAGCUGCAGGACAUGUCUUCUGUCUUCACUGUACCAAACGUCAAACUGCAGGCGGAGAGCGGAGACAGCAUACAGGUGUGCUCUCGCAAAAACAGCCAUGGGAAGGCCUCCUCCAGCAGCAAGCACUGACCUGCACCCCACUUCCUGACAGGUGAGCGCUGCAGAGGGAACGGAUGCAGAGCGACAUGACGAAGAGCUCCAGUUCUCCUUAUUUAUUACUUUGGCAGUGAACGAGUGCGGCGUGUGCAUGAGGUCUGAGUGAGCAUCGAGCAUGCAUGCACUCUUGGUGCCACUUAAGGUUUCAUGCUAUCCUUUGCAAAUUUUGUUUACUUUUUAUAAGGUUCCAAUAAGUCAUAGAUCAUCGUCACCGUGGAAACAGAAGGACUUUUAUUAUGGGUACAUAUGGUGUUCUGUGUUUGUAACUAGCCUCCUAUUUAAGAAUGUAUAUUUGUAUGUAUGAUAUACUCAUUUAGAAACUAUAUAAUGGACGUUUUUAAUAUUGCUUCUCACUACUGCACUGCUCCUGCCAAGACACACACACUAAUACAAUCUUACAAACACACACAGCACUGCUGCUGUGAUUGCUUAACUUCAGUUCUGGGUACAGGACUGUAAACGACAAUAAUAAUGAUGAUGAAGACGAAGGGCUCCCUGGUGAUGCUAUAGUUCCUGGCUGCCAUCCUGGAGGUCCUGUGGUCUUUGACAGCAGCUGCUGGAGACUCACAUCCUGGAGAACGAAGAGCAUUGCUGGCAAAAUGUGGACCUCUGAUCCACAUGUAGUUUGUUCCUGCAGUUUUUCUGCACGCCUGCACUGUGAAGCUGCUUCAGUCUUAUGAAACGAGAUUCUUUUGACCGGAUUCCUGUUUGGUCCCAAACCUGUCUGAGGUCCGAGUUCUGCAGGUUUGGACCGGAGAUGCUCCUCCUGAUGGUGGAGGAGGUUUAUGUCGGGGUCACCCACUCUGCAGAAUGAAUCCAGAUGUGGUUUGAUCCUCUCCAGCUUCACAUCCUAGUGUUGGAGGGGGGGGGUCUAUUCACUGUCAGCAGCUUCAGGGAAAGACAAUCAUAUUCUUGGGUUUGAAAUGACAGGAGCAGAGCAUCCCAUAAUAGCUGCUGACUGGGCUCCGUCUUUGAACAGAGUUCUGAGUGGUAGGCGGUGUUGUCACAGUCAGGCGUGUACAGCGUAUGGUGCUGCUAAACGAGGGGGGCUGGUCGAACUGAGCCCCAGGCUGUGGGAAAUGCUCUGCUCGGUGGACCUCCAUGAUGGAGCCGGAGCACCAAAACACCAGUUUUAGUUUGAAAAGCCAGACUAACAGAUCUCUGCUGGUGAUUCUCUGCCCUGCAGAGUCUGUACCAUCCAAUGUGCACACAAGCGCAAUAAUACAAGUGACCCCCCAGCUGUGUGUCUGUGGAAACAGGCAUGUGACAGAGGGUUAUACAGGGCAAUAGUUUAGCAUCAGUGCUUCCAUCCAGAAAACAUGAGCUAUUGUUGAGGGGGAGAAAAGGCAAUAGGCUGUGCAGCUGCUGUCUGGAUCCAGCCCUACAUUUCCACCGUCUUUACCUGGAACAUGAGCGGCAGUUCCGGAUCCCAUAUCGGCAGAACCCAUAGCGACUGUUCUGCUGGACAAAUCCACAACUGAUGCUUCGCCCUCACCUCUCUAUGUGUUUUACGGAGCUCCAGAAGGGAGGACAGUCAUGUGUGAAUCUUUUCUGAAUAAAAUGGUGCUUACACACCGAACGCGGCAGACGCGUCAAAUUCCCGUCUGCCGCCUCUCUUUUGACGCCUGUCAAAUUUACUGCUCAACGUCUGCCUGAAGUUGUUCUGGAAUUCAUUGUAUUCACUUUCAGCUUAUCCCUUUCGGGGUCUCCACAGCGUAACAGCACCC